GAUAAGAGUGCCGUUAUAAGUGGAAGGCCGCGCCGGCAUUGACAGUUCGCAUUAGGCCACGCAGCUGCCGUCAUUCGUAGGUCAUACUCCGCUCUCGCUAUACCUCGGAGAAUCGAUCGAAACGCGCCAGAACAGAAUGUCGGGUACACCAGCCACCCAAAGGAAUCAACCGCACAGCGGCAUCCAUCCCAAUGCGUCACUUCCUGCUACUGAGAUGACUGGCAUCGUCACUUCCGGGCCCUAUCACCGGGCCAUCAAACCCGGUACCUUCAGCACCACCUUUGAGUUUCGCGACGUUCCGUCCAAACUGCGCGAGUCCCUGGUAUCACGGAAGACCGUGGAGACAAUAGAGGCUGAAGUCAUCAAAAUUGGUGGAUACGCCGUCGGCCUGGAAAGCGAGUUCAGAGAAGACGAUGAAGGCGCCAUCAAUGCGACUUUCAUUCCGUACCUACGUGGCAGCAACGUGGAGAGGGACCUGGACUGGCUAUCAAAUAAAAAGCUCACAGUAAUCCUUACCCAUCCUCACCGCCAGGAGAAUGACAUCGAGCUGCCGGUUGCCAUGGGCGACGAAGGCCGUCUUGUGAAGCAUGUGCGACCAGACUGUUGGGUCGAGGGCCGCCGUAGUGAGCCAGUAAGCUGGUAUGAAUUGGAAAACAAGGGACAUGCGUUCGGCGAUACCUUGUACGUGACGCUCCAGCUGGAGUAACGAGACAGCGAUCAUCAACAGGGACACGCGCCGCCACCUGGAGAUGGUGUCACUACUAAACCCCCUAAAACUAACAUGCCAAGAAUGACACGGUGCCUUUCAAAAAGAUAGGUCCUCCUGUCGAAACGUCGGCCAGCCUGUUUGAGGCACUUCCACUGUUUACCCUGAAUGUCUCAUUACUGCAAUGGGAUCAGCGAAUCGCAGGUACCAAGAUGCUCUGCAUUUACUGUUAUCCCUAACUAUUCUCAAUAAUUCUACUGAAACCAAACAGUGAAGAGCAUUAGGGGGAUUGUGCCUCCCAGUCAUCUACCCUUAUUUAUCGAAAUUCUGUCACUUUCUAUUCAGAGGACUACGAUGGCUGUAGAUUCGCUGUAGGUUUCUUCCUAUAAAAAGGUCUAUGCGUCCUCACUUGUGACCACAACUGGUAAUGCCCCCCUCACCAGAGCAGGAUUAGCCACCCCGGUACAGCACUUGGCCACUACUUCCCACGCAAAUGCAGCCAUAAAAAUUUUAAAGAAUCCUUGCCCAGAUCUGACACCCUAAAAUCAUACUCAUUUUUCAGUGUAAAACCGCUCUUUGUAUGAUUUCCUUCGAGGACCAGCGAGAACUGGUUGACUGAUCGCAAAAGCAGCCUUCCCAAAGAAAAAUCAAUGAUGUUUUCAGUUACCAUUACUACAUUUGUCUAUGAACACAACAUUACUCGCAUUUCACUAAUUUAGUGUAAACAUAAUGCAAUUUUUAUGUGCGCAGGUGAAGAAAUAAGCCAAUAAUGCAUGUUCCGCCCCCGGACUAUUCAAGGACACAUACCGCAUGGUCGCUGUGUGACCAAAAUGCGCUCAGCAAAGAUCUAAAGCACGGAUUAGAUUACCUACCACGACCGCCUUGUCUCGACUUGGAAAAAAGCGAGAACACCCGUGGGUUUAAGUGUAAGUGCAUGUUAGAAAACUCAAGAUGGUCCUAAUCAACUGGGAGCCACCCAAUAAGUGAUAUAUCAUUAUUACGCCUUAGUCAUGGCACGCAAAGCACCUGAACCGAUUCAUUUACACAUUUAUCUUGGUGGUAACUUUUCCCAAGAAAAAUUUAUUCUGCAGAGAUAAUUUAAACUCGUCACUAGUGUUUACUACUAAGUUAAUUGUUGCAUUGCGAUCAAAGCGCAUCAUGAUGAUCCAUGAUAUUUGAUGAAGCCGUGCACAAAAGGACAUAAUCAGACACUUGUAAAAUUGUCCCAUUCCAGAGUAUCUGUUUGAGCAUUUUCAUGUGUGCGUGAUUGUGUUUCCUUUUUUUUUUCUGCAUAAAACACAGCUGCAAUUCAGCCUUUUCACGGACA